AUGCCUGGAAGGCCCAAAAAAACAGAAGAAAGGCAGUCCACGAGCGAGAGGUUCGACCUCAACGAAAUCGUGAAGGAGAGGAAGUUGCAAGACGUGGUUCAAUCAUGCAUUGCACGAAAUGUGGCGGAGAAGACCACAAUGCAAGAUGUUGUAUUGUUCCUACUGUCGCAACAGGCAUGGGCUGCUACUAGAGGCAAUGGGACUGUUCCUAGAGAUGGAGAAGGCAUGGUCAACACCCGAAGUACUAGGGGAAAGCGACCAGCCAAUGAUACCCCAAGAAACACAACUCCUGCUACUCGGAGAACUCGUGUUGGCCAUUGCUCCAAAUGUGGCUCGGUUGAUCAUAACGUCAGAACUUGUCCUAUGAAUCGAGGGGUUGGAAUCCAAGAUGUUAGACUCAAUGUUAGCGACCGAAGAACGAUUGAACGCGAGUUACGAAUUGCCACAACCGGAAUAGGAGUACAUGUUAACGAGACUACCGGUAACCAAUACGUUGGACUUAAUGGCGCGCAAGGACGACCAGUUCGAGGCUCUCAACCCACUGAGAUCGAUAUGCAUGGUAGCCAUCCCCCCAACACUCAAUCUUAG